AUGGUUAUGGCAACAGCCAUCUUCGAUCGUGUCGCCCCCGUUACAUUUAAUCAUAAUAGUAACGUUGGCUUCCUCAAGAAGAGCUUUCAUCAUGGCGCAACGCAGUGCCAGUCUACUGCCAAGCAACUGAUUGGCAAUGCUCUCCGCCACCGCGUGGAGACCAUUGACCAUGAAUUCUGUGAGCCUGGCGACGAGGACACCUUUUUCGUCGCCGACCUCGGCGAGGUCUACCGCCAGCAGCUCCGCUGGAAGAUGAAUCUUCCCCGCGUCAGGCCCUUCUAUGCCGUCAAGUGCAACCCCGAUCCCAAGGUGCUCCAGCUCCUGGCCGGGCUCGGCAACGGGUUCGACUGCGCCUCCAAGGCCGAGAUCGAGCAGGUGCUCAACAUGGGCGUGGACCCGUCGCGCAUCAUCUAUGCGCAGCCCUGUAAGACGAACUCGUAUGUCCGCUACGUCGCCGCCCACGGCGUCCGCCAGAUGACCUUUGACAACGCCGACGAGCUCCGCAAGAUUGCCAGGUUGUUUCCCGACGCCGAGCUCUUCCUGCGCAUCCUCACCGACGACAGCUCGUCGCUGUGCCGUCUCAGCCUCAAGUUCGGCGCCUCGCUCGACACCACCGACAGCCUGCUGGCCCUGGCCCGUGAGCUCGGGCUCAACGUUGUCGGCGUGUCCUUUCACGUCGGCUCUGGUGCGUCAGACCCGAGCGCCUUCCUCAAGGCCGUCCAGGACGCCCACUCGGUCUUUCUUCAGGCGGCCGAGUACGGCUACAGCCUCAAGACGCUCGAUGUUGGCGGUGGCUUUUGCAGCGACGCCACCUUUGAGGCCAUGGCCGAGGUGCUGCGCAAUGCGCUGGAUGAGUACUUCCCUGCCCACCGCGGCGUGUCCAUCAUUGCCGAACCCGGCCGCUACUUUGUGUCGUCGGCCUUUACCAUUGCCUGCAAUGUCAUCGCCCGGCGCACGGUUGAGAACCCGCCGCAGCAGCAGCAGCGGGAGGAUGCAGUGGACGGCAUUGUCGCGCCGGCGGACCCGACGUAUAUGCUGUACGUCAACGACGGUCUGUACGGCAACUUUAGCAGCAUCAUGUUCGACCACCAGCAUCCCGAGGCCAAGGUGCUGCAGACGGGAUCGCGGUUUCUGUACGACAGCGAGACGGCGAAUGCGGUAGCGCCCACGAGCGGCCUGGAGUAUUCCAUCUGGGGUCCGACGUGUGACGGAAUUGACCGGAUCACGGAGAGCAUCCGGUUUGGCCACACGCUCGACGUGGGCGACUGGCUGUACUUUGAAGACAUGGGUGCGUAUACGCGCUGCUCGGCCACGCGCUUCAACGGCUUCUCGGACAACCACGAGAUCAUCUAUGUGUGCAGUGAGCCGGGUGCGCGUGCUCUGAUUGGGAUGCAUAGCACGUGA